CAGCUGAUUAAGAUGGCGCUCCGGCCCGGAUCAGGGGGAGGUGGCAGUUUUAUGUACCCUGUUGGAGGGGGACUGGGACCACCACAAGGAAUGAUGCCCAUGCAACAGCAGCAGCAACAGCAGGGCUUUCCUAUGGUCCCUGUCAUGCAACCCAACAUGCAAGGCAUGAUGGGAAUGAACUUCGCCGCACAGAUGCCUGCCGCUGCCAUGCCCAUGCAGGGUGGGCUGGCCAUGGGGAUGCAGGCGCCAGGCAUGCAGUUCAUGGGUCGACCCCAGUUUAUGGGCAUGAGGGCCCCAGGACCUCAGUACCCUGCUGACCUGCAAAAACAGAUGGCAGAGGAGCACCAGAAGCGUUUGGAGCAGCAACAGCGCAUGCUGGAGGAAGAUCGGAAAAGGAGGCAGUUUGAAGAGCAGAAGCAGAAACUUCGGCUGCUGAGCAGCGUCAAACCCAAGACUGGGGAGAAAAGUCGAGAUGACGCGCUGGAAGCCAUUAAAGGGAAUUUAGAUGGCUUUAGCAGAGACGCCAAGAUGCAUCCCACACCAUCCGCAGGGUCUAAAAAAACAGACUCAUCGCCAUCUCACUCCUCUGUCCCACCUCACUCCGUCUCCCCUGCUUUCGCAGAGGACGACGACGAGUUUAGUGACUUUAUACAGGGGCCCGUUGACGCCCCCUUUCCUUGUUCUUCCCUCCCUUUGCCCUCGUCCUCCACAGCUGUCAGUAAAUCUCCUUUAGAAGCAGCCGCGGGGCCGCGGCCCUCUUCUAGCCCUGUCCCCUUCUUACAUGCACCCUCACUGCCCCCCUCCACUGCCCCCCACCACUCUUCUGUCAUCUCCAGCUCACAAUCUGCAUUCCAAGGCCCGUCUUUGGAGGAAAAGCUCUUGUGCUCGUUCGAUUUAACAGCUGAUAAAAAGGCACAGGUUAACUUCAGGUCCCGACAGGCCAUAUCUGAGCUCACACCCAAAUCUCAAGUCAUGGUCCAGUUCCACAGCAGCCCCAAAGCCCGUAACUGGGCCCAGCGCUCAGAUGAUCUCAGCACUGCCUUUACGGUCGAGACGAUCACUGAGCCUCUACCUGCUCCAGCAGCUCCUACAGCGGUGGCAUCUCCACCAGGGAUCCAUCAGGAAUCAGGUGUCUGCGGUGUUGGUGUUUAUCCUCAACAAGAAAUACAGUCCAUGUUGCCAGCCUGGCUCUACAAUGACGCGCUCAUUCCAGACAUGUUUAAGAAAGUUCUGGAGAUGACCAUGACUCCAGCAGGCAUCGACACGGCCAAACUUUACCCCAUCCUGAUGUCAUCUGGUCUGCCCAGGGAGGCUCUGGGUCAGAUCUGGGCCUCAGCCAAUCGAACCACGCCAGGGAAGUUAACCAAAGAGGAGCUGUACACUGUACUGGCCUUAAUUGGAGUAGCACAGAGCGGGCUUCCGGCGAUGAACCCGGAUAUACUCGGUCAGUUCCCCUCCCCUCCUGUGCCCAACUUGCCUGCGAUGGCUAUGGCAAUGCCUGCCGUUCUGGCCCACCAGCAGCCCAUGAUUCCCCCUGCCGGUCCUGCUGUCAUGCCCAUGGCUCCAAACCCGCUGGCGCAACCUCCCAGCAGCUUCGUCGCCAACUUUCCUCCUGUCCAGGGAACCAAGGUGGAUGAUGAUGAUUUCCAGGACUUCCAGGAAGCCCCCAAAACAGGAGACGAUUCAUUUACAGAUUUCCAAGGAGACACAGGCGGAACGUUCUCCAGCGUGCCCACUUCUCAAAGCAGCAUUCCUGUUAUGCUGACUCCAGUAUCGGGCUCUUCAUCCACCUCUACCUCUGAUAAAUAUGCAGUGUUCAAAAACCUGUCAGUGGAGCAAACAACAGAACCCACACCCCCUGCUUCAGAUCCUGAAGACAAAUACAGUGUGUUCAGAGAGCUCGAGCCAUCAGACAGAAAGCCAGUUGGAGAAGGGUUUGCCGAUUUCAAGUCAGUUGGUGCCGACGACGGCUUCACCGACUUCAAAACGGCCAACAGCACAUCUCCACUAGACCCACCAGACCAGACCAAGACAUUCCAGCCUGCUUCUUUCCCUCUUCCUUUUGGCCCCUCUCACUCUCUUCAGCAGUCUCAGUCACAGCCAGCUCCUCUGGCUCCAGCCCCUCUGGCUGUGCCCAAGAACCCUCUAAACAUGGCAGACCUGGACCUUUUCUCCUCCAUAAAUCCCCCUUCCACUGUCGACCCCAAGUCCUCUUCUGCUUCUUCUGCAUCCGCAGUCCCUCCGCUGCUUCACCCUUCCGCAGGCCCUAAACCCGAUGACUUUGGCGACUUUGCACUCUUCGGUUCCUCUUCUUCAUCAUCUUCAGCCUCUGAGGCAGCUGCAUCAGCCUCCAGAGUAGCUGGAGGAGGAGGAACAGUGGCAGUAGCACAGGACGACUUUGCUGACUUCCUUGCGUUCGGAAGCUCUGGGAAGCAGCAGAACGAGAUCACCAAGGAGAGCGACGACUUCGCUGAUUUCCAGUCAUCCAGGUUCCUGGUGGACAAGAUGGCGGCCUUCAAGCAAACCAAGGAGGACUCGGCUUCGGUCAAGUCACUGGACCUGCCGUCUAUCGGGGGCAGCAGUGCGGGAAAGGACGACUCUGAAGACGCACUUUCUGUGCAGCUGGACUUGAAGUUGGCUGACGUUGCCGGAGAGCUGAGGCACGGUGCGUCCGACAGUUCAUUAGACCUACCGGGCCUGAGCUCCCAUCAGCCCCCUGCUGCAGACGCAGACGACAUGAAGUUUGACCCCUUCGGGAGCACUUCAAGUGGUGGCCCAGCCACCAACGACAGGUCGGACAAAGACGACACAUCCUCAGUUCAGAGCACCAAACUGCCCGUGCUGCACUCCUCCGCCGUCCUCCACAAGAAAGAGACUUCUUUCGGAAGCUCCGAGAACGUAACCCACACCACACUGGCUAAAGUCACCACGUUCCCCAUCGAAGAUUCCGGGUUUGCUGACUUCGCCGACUUCAGCUCCGCUCGCCCAGCGGCCGGAGGAGACCACACCAACAAUGACUUUGGCGACUUCGCCAGCACCGUUUCCGAGAAAUCAGAUUCAGUGGAAACGGGCCUUGAGGGAACCCAGUCUGAAGUGUCUGAUGAUUUUGGAGCGUUCCAGGCUGAUAAGCCUAAAUUUGGGAAAUCUGACUUUUUGAAAGCCAGCGCUCAGCCCAAAGUCAAAUCCAGUGAGGAGAUGAUCAAGAACGAGCUCGCCACCUUUGAUUUGUCGGUGCAAGGUUCUCAUAAGCGCAGCCACAGUCUAGGAGAGAAGGAGAUCUGUUCCACACCUUCUCCGGCUCCCGAGCAGCUUUUCCGUGACCGCUCCAACACCUUAAAUGAGAAACCUGCACUGCCAGUCAUCCGGGACAAAUACAAGGACCUCACAGGCGAGGUCGAGGAGAGCGAGCGCUAUGCAUAUGAAUGGCAGAGGUGCUUGGAGAGUGCUCUACAGGUGAUCACUACGGCCAACAACACCCUUAAUGGCAUCAGCAGCUCCACCGUGUGCACUGAGGUCAUCCAGUCAGCACAGGGCAUGGAAUACCUGCUGGGUGUAGUCGAGGUGUACCGUGUGGCCAGGCGGGUGGAGCUGGGUAUCAAGGCCACGGCUGUGUGCUCGGAGAAGCUACAGGAGCUGCUGAAGGACAUCAGUCGUGUGUGGAACAACCUGAUGGGAUUUAUGUCUCUGUCCAACCUCACACCUGAUGAGAGCUCUCUGGACUUCUCAUCCUGUAUCCUGAGGCAUGGCAUUAAGAAUGCGAAGGAGCUGGCCUGUGGAGUGUGUCUGCUUAACGUGGACUCUCGCAGCAAGGCACCAACAAAAGAUACUGGCGUGAUAUUAAGGGCUUUUAACUCGGAGACGGAUAACUUCAAGCUGACGUACGGUGGGCACCAGUACCACGCCAGCUGCGCUAACUUCUGGAUUAACUGUGUGGAGCCCAAGCCGCCAGGCCUCAUUCUUCCUGACCUGCUGUGAUUCCCCCAUAUUGUCUCCACCGCUGCUGAACCCUGGAUGAACCUCACUCUCGUUCUUAUUUAUGUUUUCUUCUCUUUAUAACCCAUCAUGCUCCGACUCCUGCACUGACUCCUGGGCUGAGAUGGCACUUCGAUUCCUGUGAAUGUUUGUGGAUGAAAGAAAAUUGUCUUACUGUAAUGAAAUGGAUUAAGCUUAUUAUCUUUGGAACUUGGACUGCAUCAGAGAGGCAGCGCUGCCGGGGUUUGAACUACUGAAGGAUAUCAUUCUGUCUAAAGUCUCAGUGAAUUAAAUUAUAUCUUUUAUUAAGUUGCAUGAAGUGAAUCAACCAUGAUGUGUAUUUCUCUGCUCGUUAUUGACUACUCAGUUAUUAGAUCCUGUUUUCAGAAGUCUGAUCAUGACACUUGUUACUUUGCUGGAAUGUUAUUGGCUGGAUCUUGAAACAAAGAAUGUAAAAUUCUCUAAGAACUAGUUUUUAGCUGUUUUAUAAAAGCAGGAGCUGCUUAAAUGACUGACUUUAGCAUUUUUGAAAUUGUGAUGCCAUCUUCGGAUGGCUUUUCAUUUUUGUGUUAUUUUAAAUGAAUGGAUUUAAAAAUGAACUGUUUUUUCAGCCUGAACUUUCUCUCUCUGUCUCACUAAAACUCCAGCUGUUGCAGUGAUUUUAUGUCUAGCAGUUACUGAGUGCUAAUAGCAUGUCUGUGCUAGAGAGUGAUGUUUUGGCUAGUACUGUGUUGAUUAAAAUGCUGUGUAUAAUU